AGCACACUGAAUUACAGUUUCUGUAUCUUUCUACCAGAAAACAGCAAAUUCUUCAACCGAAAAUGAGCGGCAGAGGCAAAACCGGUGGUAAGGCCAGAGCAAAGGCUAAGACUCGUUCAUCCAGAGCCGGACUUCAGUUUCCUGUCGGCCGUGUUCACAGACUUCUUCGCAAGGGUAACUACGCAGAGCGCGUCGGUGCUGGAGCUCCAGUUUAUCUCGCCGCUGUGCUCGAGUAUCUUACUGCUGAGAUCCUGGAGUUGGCCGGAAACGCCGCUCGUGACAACAAGAAGACUCGCAUCAUUCCCCGCCAUUUACAGCUGGCAGUGCGUAACGACGAGGAGUUGAACAAACUCUUGGGUCGCGUGACCAUCGCUCAGGGCGGUGUGUUGCCCAACAUCCAAGCUGUGUUGCUGCCAAAGAAGACCGAGAAGCCCGCUAAAGCAAAAUAA